UUUUUUUUUCCGAAAGUGAGUUACUAAGUUAUUUUUUAGUUAAUGCAUUCAACAAAAAGUUUUUAUUUUUGGGCGGUACACAUUUGAAAUCCACUAUAAUUAACAAGGCUCGUAUGCAUCAUUCUGGUUACCUGUUUAGAAUGACAGAUAAUGUUAGCAUCUUUAAUGAAAGGGAGAUCCGGAAAGCCAAAAACGGCGAGAGGGUUCAGUUUCUUAGAAAAGGAUAUUCGCAUUGGGCUUUGUAUGUAGGACAAGAUUUAGUUGUUCAUCUCUGGAAUCCACAUAUUUCCCUGCUAGGAGUUAUCACAACAUUAGUCUGGUGGUCUACAGCCGUUUCAGUUCGACAGGAUAACUAUAGGGCAGUUGAAAGGGGCAGCAGAAUUAAGAUCAACAGAAGCAUGGAUAAAUAUUUAACACCACUCCCAGAAAAUACAAUUUUAGAAAAUGCAAAUAGAAGCCUAGCAGCCAAUGAAUGUGGUUACAAUGCCUUCUUAUACAACUGUGAACAUUUUGUGAAUAAAUGCAGAUUUGGAUUUUGGAGAUACAACUUCUUGAGUAGUGAACAGAUUCUCGCGCUACCUUUUAUCUUCAGCUGCUUUCUAUUAGCUACCGAGGUUUUCUUAGUAAGGCAGUUCAUUUCAUAUGAAAAUAUUAUAGUGCUUGUAUUUGCUAGCGUUAUCUAUAUCUGUAGAUUACAAUUGUUAGCUUUAUUAAACUGGUUUAGUAAGAUCAUUAUACAUUUUUUAAGGUAGUCUUCGGACAAUGAUGCUAUUGGCUUUCCAUGCAUUUAUGAACAAUGAAAAAUAUAUGGAUAUAUCCUGCUCACUUUUCAAAGUACAAAUUUGUAUGCUCCACAUAAGUGGACUGCAAAUUCUUAAUAUUCUUAAUCUUUGAAUUUAGAAGACCUAGAACCAGUCAAAUUCCUAAGCACAUGGAAUAUUUAACUAGUUAUAAACUAUUUCUGUGUUAUGUUCUCGUACAUGACCUUUGUAACUAUUAAAUAAACCCAAAAUAAUGACAAUCAUAAAGUGGCAGAAAUAUCCGUGUAUUGUGAUAAAAUUUAAAAUACAACCAUGUUAUAGUAAAAAUAUAUAUGACUCGAGUUAUGUGAUACAUUUAUAUAUCAUAAAAUCUAUAUUAUUAAUGUGAUAUAAGCAAUAAACUUUUUACAACUUAAAUAGCAAUAAAAAUGAUUUUAUUAGGUUACAUGAAUACUUUAGUCUUUACAUAUUUAUUACCAUAUAUGCUGAUGUAAAGGAUAUGAAGCUUUGUGUAAUAUUGUGC